AUGCCAGGGCUCACCAAUAUCGACGUGCGAGUGGAAGCGCCGAAAAGUAGCAAUAAUGGCAGUAGUGCUAAUAGCCAGGCUCUCAACAUCAUUAUCCCGAUCGGAGGGAUUGGGAGCCGUUUCUCGAAAGUCGGGUACAGAUAUCCUAAGCCUUUGAUCAACAUCAUUGGUCGACCUAUGAUUCUAAGAAUCAUUGAUAACUUGUCUUUGAGGCCAGAGGAUACGCUCUGGAUGGCGGUUAAUAUGGAGGUUGAUGAUGAGUUCCGUAUUGGACAGUUGGUUAUGAAGACAUUUCCCAGAGUGGAUUUUCGCUUGUUGAGGUUGAAGCAUCAGACGAAGGGUGCUUCAGAGACGCUGUAUAUGACCGCCCAAAGUAUGGGAGCCGAACACAUGGCAAGACGAACAGUGUCACUUGACUGCGAUACCAUCUACUGGGCCGAUAUCCUCCAAGACGUACGAAACAUGCCCGUCCAAUACGGCGCAGUAUUUUACUUCCCCGACGACGGCAUCAACCCCAUCUACUCGUACAUCAAAACCGAAGAAGGCACCGACAAAAUGCCCCUCAUAACCGACAUCCGCGAGAAGAAAGCCAUCAGUAACAAAGCCAACACAGGGGCCUACGUCUUCGCCACCGCCUCACUAAUGCACACCUGGGCAGCGAAGAACAUCGACUCGCACGCGCUGCGGCCCAAGGGCUCCGACAUAGGCGAGUACUACACUUCCCAGAUGAUCGGGACGAUGAUCCACGAUGCGCAACUGCCGUUCCUGGGCUUGCCGCUGUCGAAGAAGGACUUCAGCUGUGUGGGGACGCCCGAGCAGCUGGAGGAUCUGCUGAUGCAGAUGAAGGAUGGGAAGAGGCCGAAUCAGGUCAAGAAGAGGAGGUUUUGCUUUGAUUUGGAUAUGACGCUUGUGGGUGUGCCGGCGGUGUCGGGGGAUUACUCGACGUGUCCGCCGAUCUGGAAGAAUAUUAGGUUGGUGCAGCAGUUGCAUAAGGCUGGGCAUUAUAUUAUUAUUCAAACUGCGAGAAGGAUGAGGACUCAUAAUGGGAAUGUGGGUGCGAUUCUCAAGGAUGUUGGAGUGAUCACUUUCCAACAGCUGGCAAGAUAUGAGAUUCCGUUCCAUGAUAUCCAUUUCGGCAAACCUUGGGCUGAUGUCUAUGUCGAUGACCUCGCUGUCAAUGCCAAUCUUGACACCAUGAAAGAGAUUGGCUGGCUGCUCGAUGAAGCAGAUCCAUCUUCUCUCUUAGAACCUGAAGCUGAGGGCACAAUGUCGAGACCCCUAACGCCUCGUCCCAAUCAAACAACCAAAGCAAUGGUGGCAGCCCGUGACUUCAACACCAUCCAAAUCGUAGGCGACAAGGUCAUCAAAUCCUCCAAAUCAGACGCCAUCCUCGGCGAAUUGUACUUCUACGCACACAUGCCGACCGAUCUCCUCCCAGUCUUCCCCACAGGAUUCGCGGUGGAUUUCCUCCCAGAGACAGGCAACUAUACCAUCGAGAUGGAAUACCGCCAGGGACUCACCUACAGCCACCUCCUCGUCGGCCGCUCCAUCACCUCCGGCCGCCUUCUCACCCUCCUCACCGCGCUCCACAGCAUCCACACCACAACCAGCACUCUCUCCCCGCGGCUGCCCAUCUCCCCCGCCCUCGCAAGCAAGUUCUCCCAGCAUAGCAUCGAGCGGUCCAGCGGGGUCAACAUCUACGCCAACUACGGGAUGAAGCUGCGCUCGCGGUACUACAACAACACCGCUCGGUACGCGGCGCUAGGCCCCAACUCCGCAGAAUGUUUCUCCCGCCUCAGCGAGUUCCUGGACACGUACGAGGCGGAAGACAAAGGCGUGCAUGUGCCCAUCAUCCACGGCGACCCGGUCUUCAGCAACGCCAUCCUGAGCCAAGACGACAAAUCCGUCUCCUUCAUCGACGUGCGCUGCCAGCUCGAAGACACGCUCACGAUGCAGGGCGACAUCCACUACGACCUGGCGAAAAUCCUGCAAUCCCUCGUGGGCUACGACCACAUCCUGUUCAUGGACCUGGACGCGCUGCCUUCAGCUAGUCAGCCGCUUCUCGAGGAGGCGGAUGAGAGGAUCUUGAUGGGGCUGCAGGAGGUGUUUUGGCGGUUCUUGGAGGAGAAGUAUGCGGUGACGGUGCAUAAGAAGACGCUGUUGAGGAUCACGGCUAGUCUGCUGUUUAGUCUGAUUCCGUUGCAUAAGGUCGAGCUGGGGCCGCUGUUUUUGAGGAUGUGUAUGAGUACGUUGGAGCUGGCGAGGGGGAUUCCGUAUAAGCGGACCACGGCGGCGGGGGCGGGGGCGGGCGUGGCGAGUGGGGUGAACGUUAAGGGCAAUAAUGGCAAUGGCAAUGGCAAUGUUGGGAAGGAGCAGAAGGUUGGGGAGGGGAUUGAGGUUGAUUUGGCGAGAAUUACUGUUUCGUAG